AUGGAGGUCAAAAGCGAACCAGCAGCAGUCCAGCAAGGCCAGGUUGAUAACGAGAAAACUGGCCAAGAUAUAGGAAGAAAAGACACGGAGCAAGUCCAAGGUCAGACUAAACAAAUCACCGACAACGCAGAAACUAUUUGGGAUGAGGCAUUCCUCGUCACAUUCGGCCCAGAUGACGCUGAGAAUCCCCUCAAUUGGUCCAAGAAGUUGAAAUGGGGAAUCACGGGCGCGGUGUCUGGCACAGGCUUCGUCCGCAUUAUGGUCUCGACGAUGAUGGCUCCUGCAAUCAACACCAUCGCAGCCGAGUUGAACAUGUCAACAACCGAGUCGACCAUGGCACUAUCGGUAUAUCUUUUGGCAACUGCUUUUGGACCGCUCAUUAUCGGUCCUCUAUCAGAAGUCUAUGGUAGAAAGACCAUGUUUCAUAUUACCAAUAUCUGGUUCCUGGCCUGGAAUCUCACCUGUGGUUUUGCCAAUUCGAAAGGCCUGCUUAUUGCCGCUCGUCUCCUUGCUGGCUUUGGUGCCAGUGCAGCAUAUAGUCUGGCAUACGGCGUGCUCGGUGAUGUAUGGCCGCCGGAGAAGAGAGGACGCUCCGUGAGCCUGUACUUGCUCAUCCCACUGACUGGCUCCGCUGUUGGCCCAAUCAUUGGCGGUUUCAUAGUUGAGUAUUCUACCUGGCGAUGGAUGUUCUGGUCGACCACCAUUCUCCAAGUCACCCUUGAGCUGUCCUCGCUACUCCUGUUCUACGAGAGCUACGCACCUUUUCUUCUCCGUCAGAGAGCAGAGAAAUGGCGCAAGGAGACUGGCGAUUCUCGUUACCAUGCCGAGAUCGAGAUGCGCGAAUCCGGCCGCUCUGCCGCUUGGAAGCUCGGCCGUAGUCUAUCUCGCCCCCUCCGCCUCCUAGCAUUCCACCCGAUCAUCCAGAUCCAGGCCAUCCUGGAAGGUAUCAACUACGGUCUGCUGUACUUCGCACUAGCCAGCUUCUCCGCCCUCCAUGUAUCCGCGUACGGUGACUCUAUCGCCAUCUCCGGCCUACACUACAUUGCCAUCUGUGUCGGCACCAUUGGCGGCUCUCAGCUCUGCGGGCCUCUCAUGGACUACGUCUACAAGAGGAUGACCUCUCACACCGGUGAAACCAAUGUACCCGAGCUCCGCAUUCCGCUUCUACUACCAGGCGUUUUCUUUACGCCAAUUGGCUUCCUGCUCUACGGCUGGGCCGCACAGUACCGCAUCUUCUGGCUCGUCGUUGACAUUGGCGCGGCCAUGCUCUCCCUCGGAAUGCAGAUCUUCGACACCUCUCUGCACGCAUAUGUUAUGGAUGCGUACCCCGAGCACAUCAGCUCAGCGUCCGCUGCAACACAGGUGCUUAGGAGUUUGUUGGCGUUUGCAUUCCCUCUAUUCUCGAACAAGUUGUACGAGUCAUUGGGCUACGGAUGGGGAAACAGUCUGUUGGCAUUUUUGUCAAUUGGUAUUGCACUGCCGGCGACAGGCAUAAUCUGGCGCUUUGGUGCGAGUUUGAGAGCGAGGCAGCAGUCGAGCUACUAG